GUUCUAGAAAAGCGGCGGCAGCGGCUCUAGCGGCAGUAGCAGCAGCGCCGGUCCCGAGUGGAGGUGCUCUUAGCGGUGUUGUUUCUCGAGCAGCGGCAGUUCUCACUACAGCGCCAGGACGAGUCCGGUUCGUGUUCGUCCGCGGAGAUCUCUCUCAUCUCGCUCGGCUGCGGGAAAUCGGGCUGAAGCGACUGAGUCCGCGAUGGAGAAAACUUUAGAAACUGUUCCUUUGGAGAGGAAAAAGAGAGAAAAGGAACAGUUCCGUAAACUCUUUAUUGGUGGCUUAAGUUUUGAAACCACAGAAGAAAGUUUAAGAAACUACUACGAGCAAUGGGGAAAACUUACAGAUUGUGUGGUUAUGAGGGAUCCUGCAAGCAAAAGAUCAAGAGGCUUUGGUUUUGUAACUUUCUCAUCCAUGGCUGAGGUUGAUGCUGCCAUGGCUGCAAGACCUCAUUCAAUUGAUGGGAGAGUGGUUGAGCCAAAACGAGCUGUAGCAAGAGAGGAAUCUGGAAAACCAGGAGCUCAUGUGACUGUGAAGAAGCUGUUUGUUGGCGGAAUUAAAGAAGAUACUGAGGAACACCACCUUAGAGAUUACUUUGAAGAAUAUGGGAAAAUUGACACCAUUGAGAUAAUUACCGAUAGGCAGUCUGGAAAGAAAAGAGGCUUUGGUUUUGUUACUUUUGAUGACCAUGAUCCUGUGGACAAAAUUGUGUUGCAAAAAUACCACACCAUCAAUGGUCAUAAUGCAGAAGUAAGAAAGGCUUUGUCUAGACAAGAAAUGCAAGAAGUCCAAAGUUCCAGGAGUGGAAGAGGAGGCAACUUUGGUUUUGGGGACUCCCGUGGUGGCGGUGGAAAUUUUGGACCAGGACCAGGAAGUAACUUUAGAGGAGGAUCUGAUGGAUAUGGAAGCGGACGUGGAUUUGGGGAUGGCUAUAAUGGAUAUGGAGGAGGACCUGGAGGUGGCAAUUUUGGAGGUAGCCCUGGUUAUGGAGGAGGAAGAGGAGGCUAUGGUGGUGGAGGACCUGGAUAUGGAAACCAGGGUGGGGGCUAUGGAGGUGGUUAUGACAACUAUGGAGGAGGAAAUUAUGGAAGUGGAAGUUAUAAUGAUUUUGGAAAUUAUAACCAGCAACCUUCUAACUAUGGUCCAAUGAAGAGUGGAAACUUUGGUGGUAGCAGGAACAUGGGGGGACCAUAUGGUGGAGGAAAUUAUGGUCCUGGAGGAAGUGGAGGAAGUGGGGGUUAUGGUGGGAGGAGCCGAUACUGAGCUUCAUCCUAUUUGCCUUGGCAUUGAUAUGAACCAUGGACAAGUAUAUUCUGCUGCCACAAAGACUGUAAAGUGCUUCAUUUCAACAGCUGAGGCAAGCCAAGUGAUCAUUAAUAAACCUUUUCUUGGUUCCUUCAGUGGUGUUGGUAGUAAAAUGGUAGGUAAAAGUUAGGCUGCAAGUUCAAUAAAUCAUGAGAUUUCCCAUCGUUGCACCCUUGUGUAUUCACAUUUCUUGGAGCAGGCAUUUUGAGUGAACCUAGGAUUUUUUAAAUAAAAUAGACAUUUAUGGUUCUAACUUUACAUACUCUUGAUGAUGAGGCUGACAGAAGGUAGGACAAAAUAGUUGGAUUUUUUCCAGAUAAUACCUCAUACAAGUAAAAUGUCUCUCUACAUUAUGAAUCUUGUUAUGUACCCAUUACUGAUAGUUGGGUUAAAAUGUAAUUUUUACCCCAUGUCCUAUCCUAAACAGCUGUAGGUUGACUGCUGAAAUUCAUUUCCUAAAACUAUUACUCAGAUUGAUUUCCUGGCUUUACUGCCUUUUCAGGAAUGUGAUAUUCAGGGCUUAUUCUGUAUGCAUCAGUGAGUCUUCUUUGAUCCUAAGACCACCACUGAAGUUAUUUAGGUUCUUUGGACAAACAUGAUAAACUUCUUCAGAUACUUUUUUUUUCCUUUGGCAGGAAGGUGUCUUGCUGCAGGUAACUAAUGAAGAAGUGGUCAACCACAGAGUCUUCAAGAAAUAAGAAAUACUGUACCAUCUGAAA